AUGGCGACAUCCGAGACACAAACGAUCAGAAUUGGCUACGUGCCCGAGCAUUAUUUGGCUCCCCUCCACCUCGCUGCCCGAUCCGCUUUCUCGUCCCUCCCAUUCAAUGUUACCCUUAAGGCCUUCCCCUCUGGCACCGGACAUAUGAUAACUUCUUUACGGCAAAAUGAGAUAGAUAUUGGAAUUGGUCUUACUGAGGGUUGGGUUGCCGGGUUGGUUGGAAAGGAGCAGGUUGAGAAAGGCCCUGAUGCAGACGGGGGAUAUAAAGUGGUUGGGCAGUGGGUAGAGACGCCCUUGAGGUGGGCCAUUGUCACGGGGAGACAGAGAGCGAACAUUGACAGUGUGGAUGAUUUGAAAGGUGGAAGGGUGGGUGUGAGUCGAUUGGGAAGCGGAUCUCAUAUCAUGUCCUUCGUUCUUGCGAAGCAGCAAAAUUGGCCAAUUCCCGCACCUCUUACUCCGGUUAUCCUAGGUCCUUUCGGGUCACUCCGAGAUGGAGUGACGGGGAAGGGUCCCAAUGAGUCGGAUGCGGAGCAUCCGACUGCAGAUUUCUUCAUGUGGGAGCAAUUCACCACCAAGCCGUAUUUUGAUGCCACUCCCGCCACUCCAUCUCCUCCGCUAAAGAAAAUCGGGGAGAUAUUUACACCAUGGCCUUCAUGGCAUAUUGCAGCGUCUUCCUCAAAAUUUCCCAAUCCCGAAAACGAUCCUCGAUUAACGCAACUCAUGGAGGCUCUGGAUCAGGGCAUUGCUGCAUUUGAAGCCGAUACAGCACAUGUUGUUGCAUUGUUGGGAACAGGAGAACUGGGAUGCACUUAUUCAAAAGAAGAUGCUACUGAGUGGUUGAAAGACGUCAGGUUUGUCAAGGGAGGCACUAAGGGUAUUCGGAGGGAUAUCAUUGAGAACGUUGUUGAUAUUUUGAAGAAUGCUGACGUUGUGCCAAAUGAGAUUGGCAACGACGAGGCUGUGAGAAGAGUUGCUGGUAUCCUUCGAGAGCAGUAGCUCAGGCUGGAUCUUGAUAUAUAUCUUGGUGGAAAUCAAGUUGAUUCCGUGCCUUGCAAAUGAAGUCCACCGGAAUCGUAACUUUGCAUCUCGGUGGGUGGAUGUAACCCUCGUCACAAUCCGUUGCUUGUCGGCAUCGUGUACGGAGUACAUAACGUGUAAUCAUUACGGAGUACCCUUGAUUGCUCUUGUGAAUAUUUUCUGCCAUGGCUUGGUGGCUUGAAACUCGAAUUUAACCUAUUAUGAACUUGUCAACUGAGGAUCUUUAUUGGCAGGUCCUCGCUUUUGACUCCUGUCAUGGAUCAGCAGGUGGCGCCAAAACUAUUGGUGAUUGAGUUCUGGCUGGCCCCUGAUUCAACCUCCGUAAUAUUGACCGCUGUUGUCCCAAUCGCAAGUCAAUCUACUUGAACAGCGA